UGUUCUUGAGGAGUUGUUGUCGCGGAUAGCUCUAGGUAGUUAGGUACCUAAUAAAAUUAAAGCAGCGGAAGCAGAAAAUGAAACUAUCCUUCGUUUUGAAAAGAACUUGGCACCCGAUUAAAGCGCUGAAAGCGCUUUCAAGUGAUUGUGUUUUCAAUUCAAUUUCAAAUCAAAUUCAAUGACAAAGACAAAGACGCAUCCAUAUAUAGAGCAUAGAGCAGUGAAGUGCAGUUAGCAUAAUAUUUUUAGAUGUAGAAUAAAAGUGUCAUUUGCUUUAUUUAUUUCCAAAAUCGUGCACCUAACAGGUUACGCGAUGUCGGCAAGGUUACGUAAUCUUAAUCCGUAUGAGUUGCAUAAGUACCUAGUUAAUGUUUAUUGUUUGAAUGCCAAAGGUUCUACUGCGCUUCUAAAACGGGACACCUCUCGUGAUCGAACCGAUCUUGACGUUAUCAGGGAGAACCACAAGUUCUUGUGGGAGGAGGACGAAGUUGCCGACACUUGGGAAAAGCAACUGGCUAAAAAAUAUUACGAUAAGCUCUUCAAAGAGUAUUGUAUCUGUGAUCUGAGCAGAUAUAAAGAGAAUAAAGUAGCAUUAAGAUGGCGGGUCGAGCAAGAAGUGGUCCUGGGCAAAGGACAGUUCCAAUGCGGUGCUAAAAGGUGCCCCAACGACCAGGGCCUCAAGUCCUGGGAGGUGAACUUCGCGUAUGUUGAGGAUAACGAGAAGAAAAAUGCACUCGUGAAAUUACGACUCUGCCCAGAAUGUUCAGAAAAAUUAAAUUACAAAUCAAAAAAACGCGAAGUGAAAAGACUAAAAAAGAGUCAAAAGAAAAAGAGAAAGAGUAGAGAUAAGAGGCAAAGUGACAGCGAUGAGAAUGUUAACGAAGCAUUGACAGAAGUGGUUGAAUCUGGAACUCAAGAGCUUUCCAAUUCCAAUCCAACUACAGAAUCUAUGGUUGAUAGUGAAGAGUCAUUAUGGAAGAAAGGAGUUCAAGAAGUCGAAGAAAAAUCUCGUGAAGAAGAAUUUGAAGAUUAUUUAGAGGAUUUGUUAUUGUGAACCAUUUCACAUUGUUGAUAGUUGAUAUGCCAUACCCGUUGAAGAAAAUUAUGUUCACUUAGAAAUCGCGGAUGUGGGCGUGUUAGCGGGCCCAACUUUGGACAUGGAUGCGCGAGUUCUACUUAAACACACAGAUAUUAGUUACUUGAUGUUAGAAAUUGUGCCCUAAGGCAGAUAUCUAUAUACAUAUAUAUACUUUUACUUAGCUCAGACCAUAGAUUAAUUAUCUAUUAUAUCUUUCUCAGACUUAGGGCCGGCGCACAUAUUAUGGCGGAGCGCAGUGCAAAGCAUGCCCGCGAAGUUUUCUGAUCGCGUGACUCAUUACGCGGAUUUCUACCAGAGAAUGCGCGAGCACGCGCGGGACUGCGCGAGUAUCCGCACGGAUGCACAAUUGAUUUUAGAUAUUAUUUCAAUGAGGACAAUGUCGAUAAUACUUUGACUGUGAAAAAUG